GGCUACAAAGGUGAGAAGAAAAGAAAAGAAAAAUAAAGGAUACAGAGAGAACGUGAGCGGAGAGCGAGAGAGAGACGGGAAAAAAGAAGAAUCGAGAGAGAGCCUCUCAGCAAGGUUAAGGCUUGGUGGUCGAUUGAAAUUCAGAACCCUAGGGUUUCUGUUUUUCACCCAAAUCCAUUGCAAAGGUGCCAUCUGUGAUAGAAAAGCGGCGAGGAUAUGGCAGAGCUACCCAAACGCAGUCCUCCUGAUGUUGGAUUGAAGUUUUGUUCAUCACUGUCGACUGGAAGUGCUGGAGCCACCCCUGGAUUAUCUGGCCAGCUGUCUUCUAAAUCUAUUGUUUCCGCAUCCACAUGUCAUAAACACCUGUCGACUUCACCUGGUAAUGAAGAAUCGUGCAAGCUAAUUCGGGAGGGAGCUUUUCAUGGUAAAAUAAUCAAUGGCAGGAUGUCAAGGUAUGUUCUUUAGUCUUAGUAUUGUCAUAUCCAUCUUGUGUCGUGGUCCACACUCACUGGUUGAUCCAUACAUCGCAACAACCGUUCUUUUUUCUUAUUCAUUUUUUUUCUGUGUCGUUAUCUCUUUUUGCAUCUCUACGGAGAUGGCUGGCUUGAAAAACUUUGGCUUGAAAAGCUUAAACAAGUCGCUUCACAAGAUAAAAGCAGCGGCAAGGUCGCAUUGGAAGGGGUAAGGAUUCUAUAUUCUCGAGCCUUGAAGAUAGAGGAGGCGAGGAGCGGGUUGUCAUAGCUGCUAAGGGGGCUGCGUUCUUAGCAUAUGGAAGUUUCUCACGCAUUUGUUGGACUACACCUAUGGAGGUGGUGUUCGCAAAAGACCCAGAUGCAUUAUAUCAUGUGCAGUGGGAGGUUUUGAAGGCCCUUAUGAAGCUUGCAUUGGUUGUUUAUGAUUUGGAAGAUUUUAUCCGAAUGGCUUAUCAGGAAGAGAUGAAUGCUGAACGUCUGGAGUUAAUGGAUUUAUUGAGCUCAUACAAGACUGCGGAUGAAGCUGUACUGGCCAUUGUGGAUCAGGAGGAGACGAUGGAAGAUUUCUGCCUUCUUUGUGAAAGUGAUGUUAAUGAUAUAUUAGAGCAACGGAUAAUUAUGGCGGACUCUGAUCAGAAGAUCCACGAGGUAUGCAUGGCUGAGAGCAACGGUGGGAUGUUGGAGGAUGGAUUUGUAUCUGACGUCUUAGUGGAAUGGACCAUUUUUCUCAUGAAGCAGUAUCCACCGUUGAAGAGGGAUUGUGCACUACACAUAGCGAUGGAAUUGGCUUGGGGCAAGUGUUGUUGCUUAAGGGAAACUCUAUUGCUCGAAUCCUGGGGGCUCUUCAAUUUCAAGCACCUAAACCGUCUCAUGCCUGACGUCCCAUUUGUUGAACUUGAUAGCCUUACAGGUGAAAUAGAUAAAGCCAUGAUCGAUUUAAUAGGGUGGAAAGUGCUCGAGUUAGGUAAGUCCAUGAAAUCAGCUACAUCUCCCUUGCGGUCAAGCGUCUUUGGGACUUUCACAGAAGAGGUCAUUGAGGUUGUUGAACAUGCUGACUGUGAAAGAAGGGUUGAAGGGCAUCGUUUUAUCGGCACACAUCAUCUUUUGUUGGGCCUGGUUCGCACCAGGAUUAGGCAAAGUGUGUUGAUGUUUGCUCAGUUAGGGCAUGGUUGCAAGGAACCUACACGUUAUCCGGCAUCUUACAUCUAUCGAGUAGCUCGAAAUAUAGCUCGCUGUUCUGGUGAAGAUAAAAUAGAUCUUGAGCACCUGUUUUCAGCAAUUAUGUUCACAAACCUUGUGACGGAUGAACUGGCGUACGAAAUAUAUGAGGUCUUAUUGAGCGAUGUUUUGUCGUUGCGAUCGAAAGUCCUCAUCCUUGGCUAUAUCUGCAAGGAUAAAGUUUUGGGAGCUGCUAUUCCAUACCCUGAUUGUGAGAAAUUAUUUGGAGAAUUGAUGUGCUCUUUCCCCUUGUUGAAGGUAUUGAAGGGGUUUUCAACCUACAGCUUAGCCUACGGCGAAAAUGAAUGGAAUGCUGAGUUGAGUGGUAAAAGAGUUGACGAUUUUUUCGAAGGUGUAAACAAGUUUAUUAGAAGAGAAGAGAGAUUGUCCACGUAUUGCACAGUUACACGGGGAAGGACUGUAGAGGGCAGUGUUUGGAAAUUUGUAACAUGCAUUUCUCGCUCCUGGGAGUCAACUUGCAAUUUGCUUCCCAUCCUGCGAGAGAAUGGUGCGGAACAGGGGUCGGAAGAGGGGGAGGAUGGAGAAGCUACAAGGAGCGAGUACGACGUGAGUGGUGGUUUGGUGCUAAAUGUUGAUCGAUAGUUUUGUGAAGUCUAAGUUCUGGGUUUGCCGAUCAUUUGUUGCUGAAACUGAAAAGUCUCCCUUGCUCUAGUUCUUCUUAGGCUUUCGCCUUUUAUGUUAAGUCUUAAAUUAUUGCAUGGAACAUACUUUUUAUUCGAUGCUUGGUAACAUUCCAAUUAUUAGUUCUAGUGGUUUGUUGGGUUGUUUCAA